AUGCUUGGAUUCGCCGAAAGUACCUCAACGUAUACCGUGAAACCGUUUGUGCAGCCGGAUCCCACACGGAAAGUGACUUGGCAAUGGAACGCCAAAGAAAAAACUCAUGACUUCGUGCUGUCUGUGAUAGGACUGGAAGACCUGGUAGAACGACGUAGCAGCGAGACGCUCGGCGCCCAUCCACCAGACUUCUUCUGUCGUCUCUGCGCGGUAGUGAUAGUUCGACGAUCGGCUGCUCUCGAGGCUCAUGUCCAUUCAGCUCAACAUGUGCUUUGCUACGUGCACAAGUACCAUCCGCAAACAAUUAUGGAACUCGAUAUGCUACCAAAAGAAGGCGGAAAAGAGAUGCGCCGACUCAUCGCCCAGCUGCUGAAGGAUCAUCAACCUAAGGAACCUUAUUGCAUUCCUAUUUAUGAUCCCGUUGGUGAACAAGAGAGAAAGGGUGUUGUUGCCCUGCAAAAGGCUAAGGAUAGAGAGCGUCAACGUGCUCUAGAAGAAGCCAGAAAGAAAGCUCAAGAACAAAGGAAAAAGAUGGACGAAGAGCGGAGAAAGCAACGGGAACUCGAGCUGGAACGCGAGAAAGCAAAGGCCGCUGAACGAGCUCAGAGGGAGAAGGAGUUCAAAGAGCGUAACGAACGCUUGUUGAAGGAGAAACUUCGUGUGCAGAAACUAAUAGAGGAAGCUAAACGAAAAAGUGAGGAAGAACGCAAAGCGCGGGAAGCAAAAGAGGCAAAGGAAGCUGAAGAAGCUCAACGCAAACGUAGGCACGAGGAGCUUCGAGCCCUCCUCGAUCAAGAAAAACAACGUCUCAAAGCUUUGCAAGAGAAGGAGGCUACACAACGUCGUCUCAUAGAAGAGAAAGACAAGUUGGAGAGAAAAAUGAAGGAGUUGAAGGAACGUGCGGUUCAUCAGCAAAGACCGCCCCCACCUGAGCCCAGGCAUGCCUCUCCUCAGAUGGCAACACCUCCUGUUGGAGUUGUCAAUGCCCCACAGUUGCGCUCAUUUCGUGAACCGCUUCUAGGACCGGCACCACCUAACGUGCAUCCUUAUCCGGUCCCACCGCCUCCAGAACAUUUCCAAGUUCCCCAUCCUAGUGUCCGAGAAACAUUAGAAAAUGUUGGUCCUAAGCCAAUGUUUCCGGAAUUCGUACCGGUUACCAACAAAGUUCCCAUCUACAAAGGAAUGGAAGAAGCGGACAAGGCGGUUCGUCUCGCAUCACCGCAGCCACCUCCUGCGGUUGUUGAGCGACCAUCACUACGGGAAAGAAAAGUUGAUCCGUACAUUACAAAUCCGAAAAUUAUACAAUCAAGAGACCAGCUUGUAGACUUCCUUUGGAGGCAAGGAGCAGAGCGUAUUCCUACCAAAGAGUUGCCCACAAAGUUCAACGAGAAAGCGACGGGCAUAGAAGGCGCACUUGGUGUGGACUGCUUAUAUGAGUUCCGCAAUUACAAAAUGUACCAUCAGACGGUUGUGUCGGAGACGAACACUGUUGUGAGAUCUGCCAUGCUUUCGCAAUUUGCUAUCCAAAUUUGGAAGAUGGAGAAGCCACCCGGCGUGGUCUCUAAUCGCUUGCGUUCUCUUUUGGAUCGUGCGACAAUUGAGCGAAUAUGGCCUGAACACGUGAAUGUUUUGGAUCAAUCUUGGAAGGAUGACGGAAAGACAGUGGGACGAAUGGAUGUCCCACCACCGGUGUCAAAAUCGGCAAUGAUGUUUCCUGAAGAUCAGCCGAGUAAAGUAAUAAAGAAGGAGCCGAAAGAUGACGAUUAUGCUAGUAAUGGAAAGCGCAGUAGCCAUUCAAAAGACAAGGACAAGAAAAGCUCAGAAAAAAGUGGCAGUCGCUCGUCUUCAGCAAAAGACAAAGAAAAGGACAGGACCGACAAGGGAAGCAGUCGUUCGUCCAAAUCCAACGACAGGGACAAGGAAAAGGAGAGGUCCGAUAGAAGCAGCCAUCGUUCGUCGUCAUCGCGUAGGGACAAGGAGACGGACAAAAAGAGAGAAACAGACCGACGAAGGGAAGAAGGUGCUCACUCAAGAAAGCGCUCAUCGUCUCCCGAGGUGAUCUCUUUGUCUACGUCGAAAGAGAUGGGAAGCGACUCAGGGUCACCAGAUCGAAAACGUCGUCGAAGCAAAAGCCCUGAGAAGCGUAGUAGCCGCGAUGAUAAACACAAAGGAACUAGUAGUUCUAGCAAAGAGAUUGAUCAUACCUCUAGCCGUUCUAGUCGCCGCGACCCAGAACGUCGCAGAUCUGUGAGUAGGGAUCGUAGUCGCAGUAGGGAUCGUUCUCGUAAGGCACCAUCCGGUCAUAGUGGUAGCAGUCGUAGACGUAGCAGGAGUCGUUCACCACGUGAUCCCUUUGCGGGUUCAGGUAUGUCCUGGGAAGAAACAGCGGCCGCAUUCUUGGCGAAAUUGGGAGAUUCGCAAGCUGCAGCUAGUGUGCUUGAUCCUUCAAGGGAACGUAACUUGGCAGCAGCACGAGCUAGAGAACUGGAAGAGAAGCUGGAACAACUAAAACAACUGGCGAAAACACAGCCGUCAGCUCCUGUGUCUGCUGUGGUAGAUGAGCUUCUGGAAAGUAGCUCAAGCCAGAGAAGAGCUCCAGUGCAGCCUGUAGAAGAAGUCGAUGAGAAAGCCCAAAUGCGUAAAUUGCUUGGUGUACUUAUCACAAUGCAACAAGAAGCCGAAAGGAAUGGCAGGCUGGAUGAGUCGCUGGUUGACAAACUUUACAGAGAGGUGGGUUUGAAGAAAUCCGUGGAAUCCUCCAGCGAUCAGCUGUUGGCUCAGCUUUGCUCCCAGAUAUCGCAGGAAGAUUCAAGGAGGAAGCCAUCCAUCGAUCUGCAGUCGUUCGGCAUCGGUCUUCAGAAUCGUCCAGAAACCCCACAGAUGCAAUCAACUCCGUCAAUAUUUGGAGGAGGCCUUCAGACGCGAAUGCAGACGUCACAGCCUUCAACGUUCCAGACCCUUCUUUCCGAGGUCAAGCGUUCAUUGGAUAGUUUCAAAAAACCAGCACGUCCACCCUCACCGCUUAUCAAGCCGCCAUUUGUGAUCACAAAUCGAGAUGAAGUGUUCCCGGAAAGCGAAACGAGGUCAUACGUCUUCCCCGGUGCAGACUCGCAAACAUUCAACCGUCAGCCCGAGCAGUCGUCUAGCGCUAAUACAUCUGAAGCCAAUUUGACCAAAAAAGAAAGGGCAGCUUUGCGUCGUAAGCAAUUAUUGGAGGAGGCUGAGAGGCUGAGAAAGGAAGCAGAGGGAGAAGAUGAAGAGGAAGACGAUUGGGAUUGCCUAGUCGAAGUGAUCAACCAACCUGCACCUACUUCUAAAAGCGGCACUAGUCCCACGAACAAUCGAGCUUCUUCUUCCAAAAACAGUAAUAGUCGAAGCUCGAAUGGCAAGUCGCAGGAGCAGAAAUCUGACAGUAAGAAAGGAUUCAAAGCAAACGAAUGA